CAGCUGAGUGAUUGUCACGGGAUUGCAACCAACUCCCGUUUCCUAGAGGAAAGCGAAUACACGGACCGAGCGUUAGGAGUCAGAGGACAUGGAGAAGGAACGGGAGGCACUGCAGGUCUGGAAGGAACGAGUGGGACAGGAGCUCGACACUGUGGUCGCUUUCUGGCUACAGCACUCCCAUGACGAGGAACACGGGGGCUUCUUCACAUGUCUUGGCCGCAAUGGGCAGGUCUAUGAUCACCUCAAAUAUGUCUGGCUACAGGGGAGGCAGGUAUGGAUGUAUUGUCGCUUGUACCGCCUUUUUGAGCGCUUCCACCGUGCUGAGCUUCUGGAUGCAGCAAAAGCAGGUGGUGAGUUUUUGCUGCAUUAUGCCCGGGUGGCACCGCCUGGCAAGAAAUGUGCCUUUGUGUUGACUCGGGAUGGCCGUCCAGUGAAGGUGCAGCGGACCAUUUUCAGCGAGUGUUUUUACACCAUGGCCAUGAAUGAGCUUUGGAAAGUAACAGGGGAAACACGUUAUCAGAAUGAAGCUGUGGAGAUGAUGGACCAGAUCGUCCACUGGGUGCGGGUGGACCCCACUGGGCUAGGCCGGCCUCAGCUCUCGGGGACCCCAGCCACAGAGCCCAUGGCAGUGCCUAUGAUGCUGCUCAGCCUGGUGGAGCAGCUUGGGGAGGAAGAUGAGGCACUGACCAGCAAGUACGCAGAACUAGGGGACUGGUGUGCCCACAGGAUUCUGCAGCACGUCCAGAGGGAUGGAAAAGCUGUGUUAGAGAAUAUAUCAGAGGAUGGUAAAGAACUCCCUGGUUGCCUUGGAAGACAUCAGAACCCAGGCCAUGCAAUAGAAGCUGGCUGGUUCCUGCUCCAGUAUGCCCACAGAAAAGGUGAUGCCAAACUUCAAAUGCACAUCAUUGACAAGUUUCUCUUGUUGCCUUUCCACUCUGGAUGGGACCCUGAGCACGGAGGACUCUUCUACUUCCAGGAUGUUGAUGGGCUCUGCCCCACCCAGCUAGAAUGGGACAUGAAGCUUUGGUGGCCACACAGUGAAGCCAUGAUUGCCUUCCUCAUGGCUUUCAGUGACACUGGGGACCCUGCCUUGCUUCAAAUCUUCAACCAGGUUGCUGAGUACACCUUCAGCCAUUUUCAUGAUCCUGACUUUGGAGAAUGGUUUGGCUAUCUGAACCGAGAGGGAAAGGUGGCCCUCAACAUCAAGGGAGGUCCUUUUAAAGGCUGCUUCCACGUGCCGCGGUGUCUGGCCAUGUGUGAGCAGAUUCUGGAAGCCCUGAUCCACCGCCUCGGGCCCACCCCCGUCGUGUCCUCACCCGCUGACCCCAUCUACGGAGGCUCGAAAUAAAUCUGACCCUGCUCCACCAGCUUGUGUGCGCGCCUC